AUGCGAUUUGCUUGUUUCCGUGCGGGCGUGCAGGUUGUGGCAGGGCGGAGACCCCAGGCCGCCUCGCCCUCGCGACUUCCUCCUUUCUCCAGACUCUCACGACAGUCUUCCAAUGCGAGUACAACGGGCCACCGCCCUGCACCCCUAAAAGGGGUCACUGUUGUCAGUCUGGAACAAGCCAUUGCGGCGCCUUUCUGUACUCGACAAUUAGCCGAUCUCGGCGCCCGGGUGAUCAAGGUCGAGCGACCGGACACCGGGGACUUCGCCCGUCAAUAUGAUACACGCGUGAAUGGCGAGGCGUCACAUUUUAUCUGGACCAACCGGUCCAAGGAGAGCCUGGCACUCAACCUGAAAGAUGACAAAGACCACGGAAUCUUGUUGAAGCUGCUCGAGAAAGCAGAUGUGCUCGUCCAGAACCUGGCUCCCGGCGCCGCGGCUCGUCUGGGGCUCUCUCAUGAGUCCCUGAAGGGGAGACACCCUUCCCUGAUUGUCUGUGACAUCUCUGGAUAUGGACAGGAUGGCCCGUAUCGCGACAAGAAGGCAUACGAUCUUCUGAUCCAGAGUGAAGCCGGUAUGCUAUCGGUGACGGGCACGGGCAAAGAGCCAGUGAAGGUGGGCAUCUCGAUUGCGGAUAUCGCCGCGGGAAUGUAUGCAUAUACCAAUAUCCUCUCGGCCCUCAUGCAACGCAACAGGGACGGCCAGGGAUGUCGUAUCGACAUCUCGAUGCUCGAGAGCAUGGUGGAAUGGAUGGGGUUCCCCAUGUACUACGCCUUUGGGGGUGCAGCGGGACCAGUGCCCGCGGGAGCCUCACAUGCGUCGAUCUAUCCCUACGGCCCAUUUGAAACGGGAGAUAGCCAGACAGUCAUGCUUGGGAUCCAGAAUGAGCGGGAAUGGGCCAAUUUCUGCUCGGGGGUGCUCUUCCAGCCCAACCUCGCCUCCGAUGACCGGUUUUCCAGUAACACGCUCCGGGUGCAGAACCGGGAUGCCCUGAAGGCGAUCAUUAUUGACUCCUUCUCGAAAUUGACUGCGGAAGAGACCAUUGCUCGGUUGGACAAGGCCACGAUUGCCAAUGCCAAUGUUAAUGACAUGCAAGGUGUCUGGCAACAUGCCCAACUGCAAGCUCGGGAGCGUUGGACGAACGUGCAGACUCCUGCGGGUGUCGUCCCAACUCUGCUCCCGCCAGGAUCGACGAAAGAUGCGGACAAGGGAGGAUAUGGCGCCCAGAUUGCCGCUGUACCGAAGGUAGGAGAGCACAACUCGGCGAUUAUGGCCGAGCUGGGCUUGCGAUAA